AUGACAGACUUGGACAUAGAUACCCAUCGUUCCACGAGAGCUGAGCUAAGACUCCGGUCUGGUUCAGAUCCGGGGACGCUUGACACCACAGUGGAGCACGAGGAGACAAACGAUACACAGACCCAGCCAAGACACACGCCCUGCGAUACCUUCGCAUGGGGAAAGGGCAUCGCCAUCGACAUUCUGAUGCUGUCGCCACUGGAAGAUGCGGAUCCAUGUACAGAUGCACCAUGGAGAAUGGCGCCAACAGUCAACAUGGAGCGCGGAAGAUUCUGUGCUAGCGAGAAGACGUCGAACGGUGUCACCCUGCGGUGGGAGGACGCAAGAGCACAGGAGUGGCACCUCCUCCAGCCCUCCCGCCAUCUUGUGGCGCUACUCAUCGUCCGGUCCGCCCCCGGACUCUCCAUAUCGUCUCUGUACAUGUCCGCACCGAUGGCCUCCGCACUCCUGCAGUCGCGCAUCAGCGCAUUCGAGGCGCUCAGUGCACCCCAAGAUUCGCCGAAGACAGGCCCGCCGAAACCUGUCAGCCUCAUAGACGAGGUACCGCAGUCCGCAGAGGCCAGGAGGCUCGUAUCGCCCAUAACCCCACGCCAGGCGGCCCAGUCUCCAUCUCCUAGACCGACGCCGACACCGUCUCUGGAGAAGAAGAGCUCGAUCGAUUUGCAGGACUGGGUGCUGGACGAUGGCCUGAGCGUGAGCCGGAGCAGCACGCAGUCCGACGUCGAUGCCGGUUGGGGCCAUUCGCUCUCGGUCUCCCCAAAUGCGAAGCGGAUCGACAUCUCUGGACCGAGCAGCAGGUCGAGUCCCAGGAUGGUGCCGUCAGGUUCGAGCUCGCCGCCCCUCAUCAUGCUGCAAUCUCCGCCCAAGUCGAAGCCCGCCGCCCCGCCGCAGCUCCCACCGCGCCGACCAUCGUACAACUCUCUCCGUUCCGUAUCGUCCGAACACUCCGGCGCUCCUCCCUCCGUUUCUCGGUCCGACUCGCUCACCGUCGAGGCGUCCUACCUACCCCUCAAGGGACCUGCGCCCGGGCGGGGGCACGCUCAAGCCUCGUCCAUCUCCUCCUUCCACUCCGUCUCGCUUUCUUCCGACGGUGGCGAUCCGCGCACGCCCGACACGCCCACCGAGUUUGUCAUCCCGCCCAUGGAGGAUGACAGCGUGAGCAUCGACUCGUACGACCACCUAUCCACCACGUCGACCAGCAGCCCGACCGCCUCGCGCGCGAGACUCGCCGACUCGUGGCAGACGCUGCGCAAGCCCGACCCGCCCAAACUUCCUCCGCGCACUACCCCUCGGUCGUCCGCGAGCGGCACCCCAGUCACCUCCCCACCGCGGUCCAACGCGGCCUCGCCUACCAUGUCGCAGAUACCGACCUCGUACGCCGUCCGACGCGCACCGCCUGCCCCGCCCGUGCGGUCGCCAAAGCCGCCGAGCUCGCGCGCGUCCCUCGCCUCCACUACUGCCUCAGAUCGCUCGUCCAUCAUCAGCAGCAUCACCACCACGUCACGGACGAGUGUGAGCUCCCGCGCUUCUGCCACUACCACGCCCAAGCCAUCCAACCAGUCGUUCGCCUCGAGACCGUCGCAGCUAUCGCGCCCUACACCUGUCCCUCCUGCAGCCCGGAAACGCUACGAAGCUGUCUUUACUGCCAACGUGCUCAAUAAGAAACGGAAUGCAAAGUUGGCCCCGCGACAAGCCGCAGGCUGGAGGGGUCUAUCUGUCGACUUGGUCACAAGUCCUGAGGCUGCAGAGGACGUGAGACUGGAAGACAGACUGGAGGGCGCGAUCGUGAGGGAGAUAUGGAUCAAGUCGAGGUUAGACAGGACCAAGCUGAAGCAGAUCUGGGCUGAAUGCGACUUGACUUCCCAAGGGUCGCUCGACCGCGACGCGUUCGUCACCGGCAUGUGGCGGAUCGACGAGGAGCUGCGUCGCGCGCAGAUCGCACGGCAAACGGCGGCGUCAUUGGCCCCGUCCGCUUACCGUAAUCGACCGCCGAGACGGAUGGCCUCGACUGCGAGCCUUAGACGUUGAUAUCUUCCACCUCUCGUGUAGAGUUUCGCGCCUCCUUUCCUCUACUGGGCACCCGGUUUCUUGGACAAGACUUUCACAUUCCUUGGACUCCGUUUUAUUACAUCAACCUCUAAUGAUUGUAACGACGAAAUCUCCCCGAUACCCCAACACCAUUGUUCAUGUAGCAUACAACCAAGUGAGAUUGAACCUUCC